AUGGCUCCGGGCAGUGCCGAGCUCCUGCGCAGGGCGGCCCGGCGUGCGCGGGGCGCGGCGCAGGCGGUGGCGUGGGACCGGCGGCGCGGCGCUGGCGACGCCGAGCAAGCGGUGGGCGGCACAAGAGCGCGUGGGUGGCUGCGGCACGCGGAUGCGGCGCAGCGUUGGAGCGCGUGGGUGGAGCAGCAGCGCGGCGUGGGCGGCCGCGGAGGGCGCGGCCCAGUGCAGCUGUCGGGCGGGCAGAGGCAGAGGAUCGCGCUGGCACGCGCGGUGUUGAAGAAUGCGAGGGUCCUGCUGCUGGACGAGGCGUCAAGCAUGCUGGACACCGUGUCGGAGCGGCGGGUGCAAGACGCCGUCGGGCGGAUGUUGUGA